AUCCCAUUUAGGACUGACAGCGGCUGGUUGAGGCCGGUGUAACACCGGGCCCGGAUGCUAUAUCAGAGUCUGUGCUGCUCUUGGAUUUAAGGAAGUUUAACGCAUCUGUUUUUACUCUGCCUCAAAUCCUUUUCUUAGUAAAAGUUUGAAAAUACCAACUCCUUAUUGGAAAUCUACACUGGAACUCUGAGCAUUCUAGAAGCAGAGGAGUGAUGAAAGUAUUCCAUAAUUCCAUCACUCUUCUGCUUCUAGAGUUUAAUACAUAGAUAUAAAACAUAUAUAUAUACAGUAUAUAUGGUGUCAUUACUUAACCAAAAACCUCCACAAGAGACAGACUCAAAGCAAACCAACCUGCAUGAGAACACACAAAGAGAAAAAAACAUGAUGUCAAGACAACAAAGUCAACUCGAGAAUGAAAUGGAGAUUGUUAAGAGUUUCAGGAAACUGACCCCAGAGGAGAGAAGGAAAGAGCUCAGAAGAGACAUAUUUAGAGAGUUGAGGAACAUGGAGAUGGAGCGCAGAGAGAGAGCUGCUCUCACAGCGCUUCAGAGGCAAAUGAGGGAAAAAGAGGAAAAAGACAAAGAAACUGAAAGAUUGCAAAGUCAGAAAAAGAGAUAUGAGGAGGAGAGGAGGAGGCCGGAAGCCAAACAGAGGGAGGAGGAGAAAAGGAGGGAGAAUGAGCAAAAGGCCCUUGAGAAACAAAAACAGGAGCAACUGAAGAAAGCGAGGCUUGAGUGGAAGAAGGUGAUGAUGGUGGACGAGGAGCCGAUCACAAGGCCCAGAUUCGCUCCGAGUGAUCUGAAAAAGGAGCAGAGGAGGUGCGGAGAGGCUCAGCGAAGAGUGGAAGAUGAAUCCAGCUUUAAGAGCCUGACCUCGAAGCUGAAGGGCCAGGAGCAGAGUAAAAGAAAAACCCUGUUCAACAACUGGGUUGGAGAGCCAACUGAGACGAACAGGAGCUCCACCCAAACGGCUCCACCCCCCUCCACUGAAAUAACAAGCCUCAAGUCGGAAAGUACCAACACCAAGAUCCAGGAGGAGAGGGAGGGCUACUCAAACCUUGAGCCAUUUGUCAUAGCAGUUUGACUGCUAUACUGACCUGUCCAGAAACAGCAUCCUCAAAAAAUCCAUCUUCUGAAUGUACUGUAAACAGAGGGAUUUUAUUAAUGGUCUUCUGAUAAAUAAAACUGUGCUGCAUUGAAAA